AUGGGACAAUUUUAUCACCACGGAUUCACAACUCAAUUAUCUUUUGUGGCUAUCACAUUCAACUCUUCAUUUAUUCCACUUAUCGCUCUGGAUGAAACAGGUGAUAACGCUGCUGGGAUUCACGCCUUGGUAUCGUCCCUCCCACUAACACCGCGCAAGCGCGCUGCAAUUCCACAUGCAUACAAGGACCGAAUCAGGGCGGAUUUUACGGCGGAGAAAGGGAAGCCUUGUUCUGCUCUGACGGUGGAAAGCCCCAAGUACACGAAGUAUUGGGCACCAUCGGGGUGGCUGCACAAGUGCGUUGCUCAACUUGCUGGUAGAAGACGCCUCAUUGUAAUGUAAUGCAGUUAGUAUGGAACAAACUCAAAACGCCCUCUGUGCUGA